GACACCGGCCGGUGUCGACGGCUGUCGCGCAGCUCCUUCGAACACGGUUUCGCGUGUGCGUUUCAAGUAAUUCGGAUCGUAUUUAGUUUCAUCUCCUCAUUGGACGACGAACGUGAGAUCAGAUUUUGCACAGGCUUUCGUGUUGCGUUAGGGAUGAAUUUGAGGAUUGAACUACAUUUCACAAGAGUAAUGAAAUUCCUUGAUAAAUAGUUUCCAUCAGAGUUUCGACAAGCUACGUUCGAGAAGAAUUACCUGUUUUUAGAUGAUGAAUUAAGAAUUAUAUAAAAUAUCAACGAGCUAGACAUAGUUUGAAAAUCAAUACGGCUCGAGUAAGAUCAGUGACUAGCGAACAUUACAAUUAUAUGAAUUCUUUUAGAAAAUUGAACAUCAAUCUGAGCAGUGAUUUGCUCGUAACGUUUACAAGUCGCGUUAUUUAUUAAUGCCGGCGUAGUUUUUCCAACCGUGGAAGGACGCGAUUUUCGCGCAGAAGAAAAGGACAGUUGCGGUAUCAAACGCGGUGUACUCGAUACGGGUACGAGUACGUCUCCUUGACACGACCUCUCCCUUUCCGACAAUUUCGAUCUCACGCUCGCGUUCUGGGCCACUUGACCGAGUGCCUUCGCAUUGUUCGCGCAAAGAAGUGUUUUCGCGCAGCUCACACAGUGUUUCCACAGUGCUCGUUACGCUCGAAUCUCCCCAAUUUCGUAGAGAAUCCAACCCGGCCCGGGGCGCGUCGGGUAUAAUAGAAGUGUCAUCGACCGGCUGAGUGCGCGUCGCGACGUCAGCUCGACCGCGAGAAUCGAUCGUCGAUCCAUACCCGAGUUCCGCGAGAAAUGCGAACGUGAACACUCGUCGAGGUCGAAGCGUCGUGCAUGUUCAUCGCGGGACGAUGGCCGGACUCCGUGCUUGCUGGAUUCUCGUGAUCCUCGGUCACCUGGCGGUCACGAUGCUCGCCCAGAAUCCCAUCGAGGAGAAGACCACCUUCGAGGCUGCUUUCCAAGGAAGAUGCGGCCACGGGUCUCCGUGCGAGCAACUCUGCUACGAGCUACACGACGGGAUGUACGAGUGCGAUUGCAAGGACGGGUACAUCCUUCAUAAAAAUGGAUACAGCUGCGCCGAAUUGAAUUCGACGUCCCCGUCGACCGGCGAGCGAAGUGAGUUCAUCGAGAACGACGAAUUAACCAAAGACACAGACGACGACGAAGACGCGGUCGAGGAUAUUCUGUACAUGCGUGGCGCGUCGUUCACGAUACACCUCGAACCGUCGCCAGAAAAUUCUACGAUCAAUUCAACGAAAUCGAACGAGGAGACCAGCCCGGCUCACGAGCGGGUCGAGCUGCGAGCCACGUCUCAGGGCCCGAAUUUUGAACAGAAGCUGCCCUCGACGAUGGAGAGCAUAGUGAGCACGGAACCCGCCUGUUCCUUAGACUGUGGCCCGGCCGGAAACUGUUACAUAGAACAGAGCCGGGGUGACGACGUCGACCUCGUCGACGACGACGGGGACGACGGAUCAGACGAGACCUCGAUGGCCAUGGAUCUCGAAGGGAACGACGUGGCUCCGAGACGAAAGCAAGAGUCCUUCAGGCAACGGUGUCAAUGCCCCCUCGGUAGGGGUGGCGAUCGAUGUCAGCUCGAAGCCGAGGUGAGAUCGCCCCGUUUUACUGGCUCGGGAUGGCUCGCGUUCCCGGCUUUGAAGGCCGCUUACAAGCACGUCCAAUUAGAAUUGGAAUUCCGGCCCGAGGCGUGGGACGGGGUGCUGCUGCUGGCCGGCGAGAGGGACGAUCUUCAGGGCGACUUCAUGGCUUUGAUUUUGCAUCACGGCUUCGUCGAGUUCAGGUUCGACUGUGGGAGCGGGGUGGGCAUCGUGAGGAGCACACAAACGGUGAAGCUGAACGAGUGGAACACGCUGACCGUCUACCGGCACCGAUGGGACGCCUGGGUUCAGCUGAAUCGAGACAAACGCGUCGAGGGUAGAUCCAAGGGCUUGUUUGCGAGGAUUACCUUCCGCGAGCCGCUGUUCGUCGGCGGCCCCGGAAACACGACCGGCCUGGAGCGACUUCCGGUGAGGACCGGAUUUAAGGGUUGCGUCCGGCAUCUGGAAGCCAAUGAACACCGUUAUCGCUUCCCGCUAGCGCCGCAGGGGGAUGCGGCGAACGGUUUCGACGUCGAGGAGUGCACGGCGGACCGAUGCAGCAAGGUUCCCUGCUCCCACGGUGGGAAAUGCUUGACCACGGGCGGAGACACUGCCGUCUGCCUCUGUCCCCUCGGAUACACCGGCGAUCUCUGCGAGACCAGAGUAGAUCUACAGGUACCGUCGUUCAACGGUUCCUCUUAUCUGCGUUAUCCAGGAUUGGCUGACACCUCGCUGUCCUGGCUCGAGUUGUCAGUCACGUUGAAACCGACAGCUACAGACGGGGUUAUUCUUUACAAUGGCCAUCACAGCGACGCGACCGGCGACUUCGUUGCGUUGUACCUGUCGUCGGGACACGUGCAGUUCACGUUUGACCUGGGCACUGGACCAGCCACCCUCAGGAGCGAGAGCCCCGUGAGGCUGGGCGAAUGGGUGGAGGUGCGGGUGUCGAGGACCGGACGUUUGGCCUCGCUCGAGGUCGAGGACGACCCGGCGCAGGAGAUCCUGGCGCCGGGAGCUUUCACGCAACUGUCCCUGCCGUUGAACCUCUACUUGGGAGGCGCUCCGUCCACCGACAUGUACUCGCCGAAGAUGAAAACGACCGCGAGCUUCGUGGGAUGCAUCCAGACGGUCAUCCUUAAUCGACGCGAGAUCGGAAUUCUCGCGGAGGCAUUGGGCGGGGUGAACGUGGGCAACUGCGGACACGCGUGCGAGGCGAGGCCUUGCGGAGACGCGGAGUGCCGUCCGCUUCGAGACCGAUUUACGUGUCGCUGUCGACCCGGAAUGCCGCACCCGUGUCCGGCGCCAGACGACAACACGAUUCUGGACAGCACGAACAAACCGAACGCUAGUGGCACGCGAUACGAAAGGUCUGUGCCGAGCUUCUCUGGGAGCGAGAGCUAUCUGCAUUACAACGACGCUGACACGAUGAAAAGGAUAAUAAGCUACCGGGUGGACAUCAAUAUGAGAUUCCGCGCGAGCAGCAGCAGCGGGCUUCUGCUCUGGAGCGGACGGCAAGCGGACCCGCAAGAACAAAGAGACGAGAACGACGAUUUCCUAGCUCUCGGCUUGGACCACGGUUAUCUGACUCUGGCUUAUAACCUGGGAUCCGGCGAGGCCGUGCUACGGUACAAUCUAACGAGACUGGACGAUGAUCUAUGGCACCGGGUACGAGCGGUGAGAAACGAACAGUGGGCGUCACUGGUCGUCGACAACGGAACCGGCGUCUCCGCCUCGUCGCCCGGCCAGCUCAGGCAGCUGAACACCGACACGGGCCUCUAUGUCGGUGGAGCACCGGACGUCGUGAGGACAACGGGUGGGAGAUACGCGAAGGGUAUCGUGGGCUGUAUCAGUGACCUGGUCCUCGACUCGGACUUCUCCGUCGCGUUGUCGUCGCCUGGUCAGGCCACCAACACGCACUCGUGUAUACCCUGAAAGAAGGUCCGUGCCGUCCAACAUUAGAUGGUCAGGCCCGCGGUACGGGCCUGCUCUUAGGAUAAUGGAAAUUAAUAACGAGAUAACGGUCUGGCGAAGCCAGACGGACGUCGAGGUCGUUGCACAGCGUUCAAGGCGAACCGACGAGGAGGUGGUGUGCGUAUGCCUUGAACGCUGAUCACGUGAACGAUUUAUACGAGAACCGAUCAUCAUUUUUGUACAGACUCAUCAACGAGAGAACGAACAAGGAAAAAACGUCUGGCGAGAGAGAAACGUAAAAAAAAAGAAAGAGGUGAACGAAGGAGGGCUUGGUUGCGUGAGAUCGAGUAACGGUAGAGCAGCUUAUAUACUGUACAUAUUAACGAAAGGAUAAUUCGGAGAUCUGUUAGUCGCCUCAUGAUACGUAUUUCCGUUCGGUGACAACUUCCUGGCUGCGUGCACUCGACGAUUCACUCACGGUGAAAAAGCAGAAAACGAGGACACGCGAAUCGAACGACGAGGUAGAUUUCGUCAGAAUCGAUACGAAUUCUGAGUUCCUGCAAGAAUCGCCGUUCCCGUCGCGCGUCGCGUUUCGCGGAAGUUGUCACUCGAGGGGAACGUGUGCGUCUAGUUACGGCCGCGAUUGUCUUCGGCCAGAUCAAGAGCUCGUCUCGCGGCCUAAUAAGAUUAAAGAGAAAAAAGGAGAUACGAUAGAAGAAAGAGAACAUGGAAGAGCGCAACCCCUUCGCGUCAAUUUUUAUUAACCUCUCCUGACCGGACGUCACGCGAGAACCUUCUCGAUUGCGAGGCAUUGUCAGUUUCGAUCUCCCGACGACAAGGAACCAUAGAGCGAACGAAAUGUCAAGGCACCUUUAAAUACGUCCAGCCAGUUUCACGUGACACCUCUCAGAAUCUAUACGUACGUUCUAUCUAACUAAGGUUUCCCGCGAUCUCUUUCCGUCGGCGGUACCCCACGCGACCGUCGAGUUUCGUGGCAACGCUCCGUUUACCGUCCGCGCAGCGACGGAAUCUUAGAUAUACAGAGAGCAGAACGCUGUAUCAAUUAUGAAAGGUACAAGAAGGACCAAAAGCAAUGAACACCCUAUGCGCGAAUGCGAGUUUCUUGAAAAUUGGAACGCACAGUGCACGAGGAACGUAUUCAAUAGUUACCAUUCUUUCCAUCGCUAGUACGCUCCGUUAAAUCAGAGAUCUCGCCGUCGAAAUACGUUUAACAUCGAACAUCGGAAUAGAACCGACGAUGGAAAGCACAAAUGCUUUCUUCGCACAUGCCCGCUUUUUCAAGAUCCUCGCCGGUUUCGCGUAGCGACGCACGCGAUGUACGAAGGAGGAUCGUGCACAGACGGAGGAUCUCGCACUCGUAUUUACGAGAAUCACUAUAUGCUUCGUAAGGUACUUCCGCAGCUGGCAGUGUACGCUCCUCGACGAUUUCCGCUUUAAAAAGCACCGAGCUGCACACGCCCUAACGAUUGAAUGUCUGUAUAAAUUGUAGGGAACUUAGUUACCAAGAUGUCCCCGCAUAUUUUCUUAAUCCGACAAGAUUUCCAACUGAACGAACGGACCCGACGUUGACCCAUUCGACGCCGCCAGUUUAAAUCGCGAAUUGAAAUCGGGAUCGAUCCACUCGGAAAUUUUGAACCAUGUUUGCCGCGGUAAAUCUUCAGAACGUCGUUUUUCUAUCUCGGGUAACGAAUUACGGUUCAUCGAUCCUACCGAACGAUCCCGUAUCCCCGAGCUGGUCUUAAAAAACCAGCAGACUCCCGUCGACCCUCGGUUUCAUGUGAUUCGAUAGCGCGCGUGAAAUGGUUUUCUAGAUCGAACGUCGUUUUUACGAACGCGUAACGAUAUUCUCUUCACGAAUUUUUGGUGAUAUGAAAUUCCUUCCGAUGAAUGAUUCACGGAAAGUGUCGUGUCGAGUGGGUCGGAAGUAAAAGAGCCGGUCGGAAUCAAUCAUUCAGGUCAAUACGUAUACACGUCAUAUCUUUAAAAAACGAAGAACGCGGAAACGGAAGAAAAAUGGUGGACAAGGGACAGAUGGGUGUAACGGCACGUGCUUUGAUUUCUCGGUUCUGCACGGGAAUCGUUUAGACGAAAUAAAAUGAAACCGGAACACAUCAUAAAAGCAAUCGGCUGUAGUCAAUUUUGUAUGAAUUAAAUGUUAUUUUCUUGAAAUUAUAUAAAUAACGGUGGAGGCGGUGGGUGGACGCGAUGAGAUAUCAAAGAUGAAUGGUAGCAACGUAGAAGAAGUAUAAUAUUUAAUAAUAAACGAUUAUUCAUGAAGUCUAGCGAUGUAAAGUGACGCACGCGGGUCGAAACAAAUAUUUCAGCCCGCAUCUAUCGAGGAUACACCCUUUCUUUUCUACACGCUUCCUACUUGCCGACCCUCGCGCAAUGUUCACCGCGGAACAGAAGCUGGGAACCAUGCCAGAACGUUUUUCUUCGAAAAUUGAAUAAUGCCCGAGGGUCGGGUGUUCCUGGUUCUCUUUUUUUGUCCCACCUUGAAAUGCUCUGCACAAUUUUUAAAAACGUCAGUGUGUGUGUGUGUGUGUCUAACAGUGAAGUCCGAGAAACAUUGUAUAAACUUCCUUCUGUACAAAAUGACCCGCGACACCAAGUCGACUUUCUCUCGAUGCGUAGAAACCGCGAUCGCGUUUCAGUUUUCGUUCCCCAUCGUGCGUUCACGCUUGGGAACAAGGUUCCUGGACAAUUUGCACACGGCCCAAGCGUAACUCGGAUUUUUAUUUCACCGUUCGAGCAUCACGCGCUCUGGGAUUGAUUUUGUUUAUUGGAAGCCAGUCGAACUCCUGUUCUGCGUUUACUUUCGUUCAAACAACGUUUCGAUCGACACGUAGAAUCCUUACACGAAAUGUUUUUAUUUUGUUUCUACGACGAUGCAUCGUGAGACGACCAGAGGAACGAUCGCGCGAGUCAACAGGUCGUACAAAAUGCUUGAGGAUUUAAACGUAAGGCCGAAGUGAAAACGUCGUAUUCACGUCGUACCGAAAUUCGAAAGAAAGAAAUAGGAAAUCGCUGGAUAUCACACUUGAAACAAAUAGCGAGAUAAGAAGAGGAAAGGACGCUAUUAUUAAAAACAGAACAAAAAAAACUAUCAUAUACAUAUUAAUAUAUAAUAGAUAUUAUAUUAUUACUAAAUAUUAUAUUAAUAUAUGAUGCUAUAUAUUAAAUAUUUCUAUUAUGUCCGUCUGCAAAGUCUAUUAGAAGAGUCUAUCCUGUCAACCUAUUCUUGCGACCCAUGUGAAUCUCCUUGAAUAUAUAUGUAUAUACAUAUACGUAAGCGUGUGUAUGCAUGUAUGUAUGCAUAUGGAAUGUCGGAAAUGAUUUUUUCAUACGUCGACGUUGCAAGCGAAAAUGCGAAACGAAGGAAAGGAGAGAGAGAGAGAGAGAGAAGCGUUGAGCACACGUCGCGAACGCAACGUUUGAUGUCAGAAAGAAAAGAUUCUAUCGCUCUCUCACUUCGGAUAUGAAAUUUUACUAUCGGUGUGGAUCAGGUUUGACGACGAUCGAUUAUGCGAAGGAGCUUAUCGAAUCUGAAGGUAUCACGCCAUUGCGCACGGUGGACACAUCGUUGAAUCGUUUAGUUGGAAUCGUGCUAUCGGAAUAUAAAUGCGUACGCUUAGGUUUAAAACAUUUUUCUAUCGUCGUAUUUUCUCAUACGAAACGAGAAAGGGACACCUCGUCCCUCGGAGCCAUUGCCGGUGCAUAAGAAUUGCCCUCAACAAACAUAUCCCUCAUAAUUAAGCGACUAACUUGUAACGAUUCAUGUUACGCGAGCCUUCUCAUCGACAGUUUUCGUUGAUUACGUUUUUAAUCGACUGGAGUAAGCAGAUUUUUAUCGCAGCGAAUUGACAAAAGGGAGGACCAUGGUUUUAACGGAGAUUGAACGAGCGCACCGCGUUGUCACCGCUUGUUUUACCGAGUCGAUCCGCUGACGAAGAACCCGUUUCUGUACGAUUAAGGCCCUCGAGAACGAUACAAAACACGAUUCUAAGUUGUAAAACCGUUUGUUACGUCUAGUGCCGCGCGAUGCAAUAAUUUUAACGAAUUGUGUAUGUAUAUGUUUGGAACACGCAGUGGUAUAUAAGUUCA